UGUCAGAGCAGGUCACCAGAAGCAAGAUGACGACAUACACAGAUAAAGGCGAAAAGCAUGAGCAGGGCAGGUUCCUCUGCUUCGACCACCUUACAUUCUGGGUAGGAAAUGCAAAACAGGCUGCAUCAUAUUACUGUAACAAGCUGGGGUUUGAGCCUUUGGCUUACCAGGGUUUGGAGACAGGAAGUCGUGAUGUGGCGUCCCAUGUGGUCAAACAAGGCAAGAUCAUGUAUGUGUUCUCAUCGGCCAUCAAUCCUGGAAACAAAGAGAUGGGAGAUCAUUUAGUCAAACAUGGGGAUGGAGUGAAGGAUAUUGCAUUUACAGUGGAGAACUGUGACUUCCUGGUGCAGAAAGCCAGAGAGCGAGGUGCAGUUAUUGUAAAAGAGCCCUUCACUCUGGAGGACAAGUUUGGUACAGUCAGGCUGGCCGUACUGCAAACGUAUGGUGACACCACACACACGUUUGUGGAGAGGACAGGAUACACUGGGCUGUUUCUGCCGGGCUUCCACACGCCUCUAUUCAAGGACCCAUCAUUAUCCAAACUACCAAGUGGAAAGCUGAACUUCAUCGAUCACGUUGUGGGAAACCAGCCGGAUGAUGAGAUGGUCCCAGUGGUGGACUGGUAUCAAAGAAACCUUCUCUUCCACCGCUUCUGGUCAGUGGAUGACAAGCAGCUUCAGACACAGUUUAGUGCCCUGCGCUCCAUUGUUGUGACAAACCACGAGGAGACUGUGAAGAUGCCCAUCAACGAGCCUGCCAUGGGGAAGAGAAAGUCUCAAAUCCAGGAGUAUGUGGAGUACUAUGGGGGUCCAGGAGUGCAGCAUAUAGCCAUGAACACAUCAGAUAUCAUCACUGCAAUUCGUAACCUAAAGGAGCGUGGGACAGAGUUUAUGUGUGUGCCAGAUACCUACUACGACCAGCUGAGGGAGAACUUGAAACACUCAAAGGUCAAAAUCUCAGAAGACCUGGAUGUUCUGCAGGAGCUGAAGAUCUUGGUGGACCAUGACGACAACGGCUAUUUACUUCAGAUCUUCACCAAGCCCGUUCAGGAUCGUCCCACUGUGUUUUUGGAAGUCAUUCAGAGACAUAACCACCAGGGCUUUGGUGCAGGAAACUUCAAGUCUCUUUUUGAAGCCAUUGAAGCAGACCAACAUGCUCGAGGAAAUCUGACUGUUCUGACACCAAACGGAGUUUCAAAGAACGUGUGACCUCAGCGUUAUAAUACAGUCUCAAUAAUCACUUUACCAUGAAGACACUUUCUGUUGAGGGUCCUGUUUACUUUUGAAGAGUAUUAUACUAAUAAUGUCCUCGAUAUAUACAAUAAAAAUGGACAGAGCCUGUUUAUUAGUUGUUAUUCUUUAAUUUUUUGUGACUUGCAUGUUUUAUGACAAUGUAACAUUUAUUUUGAGUCAAAAAGUUCUUCAUUGUAACCUCUCCAGAUGUAAAUGAAAGAUCACCUCAUGAGUUUAUAUCCAGGAAGAGUCCAUCACAACUUAAUAAUAAGGCAACGCUUUC